AUGCCCGACGGAUCCUGGGUUGCUAGCGAACACGAUGCGCUUAGAUUUUGCUGGUCGCUAGAUCCGAAAAGGCUUGCCCCUCUUCCAGCGGACGGUGUCGUCCUGGGGCCCAGGUUUGGAUCCGUUUUCCAAUCCUUCUCUGACCUCAACGCGGAAUCCGGCACUGGGAGGAUGUGGGACUCCUAUCACAAUAUCGCGGGCGAUGUGUCCGAUGACUUUAACAACAUUUAUUCUUACGCGAGGUCGAGAUUUACGAUGCAGACCUUUGUCCGAAACUACACUCCUGUUUUUCAGGAGUCAUUACCCGGGGGCGAGAACCUUACCGAAGUGGUAGAAUGGAACAAGUCCAUGAACGGCUCGUUUAGCGACUUUGAUCAAAAAGGCUUCCAGGACCUCACGUAUAGUAGCAAGACCUCGAAACAACCGUCCGAGGGAAAGCUCGAACUCCCGCGGGUUGUCAACGGGUGGCAAUUUCUCGGCCUGAGGCAGAGCGUGUCGACCAGCCCCAAGGAAUUGGUCUCGGUUGCAUACCAAGACCAAGAGCAUGGCCACUACAAUACAGGCCGGUUCCUAAAAGCUAACUUCCGCCUUGACGCUUCAGUCCCCUCUGGACCAGAAGUCAUCCCAUACAAUUCAACGGUGUGGUAUAACGAAACUAAAAUAGCCCUGGACGCGCCCUUUUUGGACGUAGGGUUUAAGAAUUGCUCGUGGUCGCUCCCGUUACUUGGGGAGUGUAUCUGUUACAAGGGUAAGCCGUUGACUGAAGACUUCAGGCACGACGUCAACAAGCUCUGCAUCGGCGGUGACCAAUACAUAUGGGGAUUCUCACGGUCACUCAUCUUCGUCGGGCUUUUCCUCGAGACUGUAUGGGGUUUCUUCUGUCUCAUUCUACUAUUGUUAUCAACACAGCAGAGCCAGCUCGUAAGGCACGGUAGACCGACAGUGGGCAUCAUCAGAACCGUCCUAGACCUAUCUGAGGCCUUGAAUCGAGCCCUCGGGCCGGACACUUCAUGGCACACGGAGAAGCAGUUGGAAAAGGAACUUUGUGGCCAUCAGCCAGUUGGCUAUACAAUUUGGGAUAAGGGCGACGUAACAGGCCAUAUUGGGCUUGCUCCCCUGGCGGAAGCGGGAACAGCAAAACGAAGCUUGCGGGUCGAUGACUUCAAGACUGGCUGA